UUCCGUCACCUCAAGGUGUUUCUGAUCCGACACGGACCCGCCUCUUAUGAAAGGUAGAACACAGUUCUUCCUUUUACUUAUGCUUAUCAGUAUACCUGUAACCAGCGUCACACAGUCUGGAGGUGACUGGGAAGUCAGACUUCGGGCUUCUAACGCGGCAGUGAGGUUGGACCUGACAGCCAUGGCCGAGUCCCAGAUUGUGUGCAUGGAGGACGGCCAAAUUAGCGCAAAUGUUUCCGAGGACAUACCAGCGUUCUACUACAGCGAGAUACAGCGAGCAGCAGUCGAGGAACUUCUGAAGAACGGCGACGGCGCUUUCAAAACACGACUGAAAGAGGACAAAGCCGUAGAUUUCCUCUCAGCCCGUGAAAUCAAAACGUUACGGGAGAUGUUCAAAGCAUACGAGAUGGCAACGGUGGAGACGUCAGAGGCUGAGGAAAAGGCAAAGGCAGAGGCAGAGGCAGAGGCAAAGGCAAAAGCAAAGGCAGAAGCCAAGCCAGAGUCUUCAAACACAAACGAUGCCAAGGCGGAUUCCGGUGUCCAUUCCACGUAUUGGCCGCAGCUCUCGGACACAGAGGUACCGCCGCUGGACAUUGGUUGGCCCAACAGCGGUUUCUUCAGAGGAGUCACGCGCGUGACAGUUCACACCCACCCACCCAAAGACAACGGACCUCACAUUAAAGAAGUAGUCCGCCGACUCAUCCAGGAAGCAAACAAGGUGGUGGCGAUAGUGAUGGACCUGCUGACAGACAUCCAGAUCCUGCAGGACAUCCUGGACGCCGCCUCCAAGCGUUCCGUCUCCGUCUACAUCCUAUUGGACGGCCGCGGCGUGCCUCACUUCCUGGACAUGUGCAGUAGACUCCAGCUGAAACAGCAGCACCUCCAGAGUCUCCGUGUGCGUUCUCUACAGGGGACAGGGUUUGGACUGUCCUUUGGAAGGCUACCUGGCUCCAUGUGCUGUAAAUACAUGCUGGUGGACGGAGACAAGGUCAUGUUUGGGUCAUACAGCUUCUCCUGGGCGUCCUCCCGCAUGGACCGCAACAUGAUCACCGUGAUGAGCGGCCAGGCGGUCGACGUGUUCGACCGCGACUUCCGCGAGCUCUACGCCGUCUCCGACCCUCUGGACCUCUACAGGGAGUUCCACAUCCGGCCGGGCCCCGGCGCUGCCACCCUGGCGCGGGCGCGGGCCGAGACCAAACGCCCGCCGCUACCCGCAACCACCUCCCGCUUCCAGGUCUCCCUCGGAGAUUCCCGGAUGGCGGACUUGAAGGUCCCCGCCCACAAGUACCACAACCCCAAAUAUGCGCUGGUGUUCGGGGACAUGCCGGGUCAGAAGACGCUCUCCCUGGCCGACCUGCCGGGCUUCGGGGAGGUCACGGGGGCGGGGAGUUCCCUGGGGGGCGGGGGGGCGGAGGCGGAGGCGGCGGAGGGGAGCGGGGGGCAGCUGGACAGGCUGUCUCCUCUGCCAUCGGACGACCGGAAGGUCGGGGGGUCGAAGAAGAGUUUCAGUUCGCUGAGAGGCAAGCUCUUCAGGGGCAGGGCGUCCAGUAAGAACUCUGUGGAGGGGAGUGGGGAGUCGGAGAUGGAGGACAGCUUUGAGGUUGUGGUGAAGACGCCAGGGAAAGGGAAGAGUAAGAAGUUGUCAAAACAAGGAGCCAAGAGUGCCUCUCUACAGACCGUCAACAGCACGCACAACUCUGACGGGGUAGACAACAGACCAUAA